GGAGCCGGGGGACGAACGGACGGAGGAGCCGGGGGACGAACGGACGGCGGAGCGGCGGUGUCUGUGGGCGCCGGGCGGGCGCUGGUGGGCGGCCGUGCUGCCCUUGCUCCUGGUGCCGCUGCCGUGCGCAGGCCAGAGCAGCCUGCAGAGCCCAGAGAACGUCCAGGUGCAUGUGGUGAACACCAAUUUCACCCUGAGCUGGAAUUACAGCGGGAAUGAUCCCAAUGUGACGUUUUCAGCGGAAUUCCAGUGGCCGAAGCUGGAGGACACGGGCUGGCAGGAGCUGCCGGGGUGCCAGGCCGUGGCUGGCACAGGCUGUGACUUCUCCUCGGCCGUCUCCGAGUACUACGAUGCCCACUACGUGCGCGUGAGGGCUCAGGCAGGGGCGCUGCUGUCCCCGUGGUCCCACGUCCUGGAGAUGGUUCCGGAACACCUCGCUCAGAUCGGUCCACCAGGACUGGAAUUGCAGUCCACAGAUGGAGUCAUAAAAGUGAAGGUUUCUCCUCCAGAAGCAAACCAGAGGAAUAAAAUGUGGAUCGAUGAUCUGAGUUUUAAAUAUAACCUGGUCUUCUGGGAAAACUCAUCGCAUCCUCAGCUGCAGAGCAAAAACAUUUUCCCUGUUGACACCAUCGAUGAUCUUGCCGAAGACAGCACUUACUGCUUCAAAGUUCAAGCAAAUCUCCCCCUGGAGGCAAAGCAAGGCUUCUUCAGCCCCGUCAGCUGUGUGAAAACCACCCAGAAAGCGAAUGACCUCCUGUGUGCGACCAACCUGAGCGUCGUGGCUCUGAACAUGAAAUUCCACCUGCUUUGGAAUAACCAGGAGGAGCAGGAGGUGAACUACAACGUGCAGUACCUCUACGGGUUCCAGAAGAUGCUCAAUGAUGACUACUCAGACAAGUGGCCCAGCGUCCCCGGGUGUGAGAACAUCACCAGCACCUGCUGCAACUUCUCCUCCAUCAUCACCAACAUGGGCUUUUAUUAUCUCCGAGUGCAGGCCAGCAAGGGGCACAACAAAUCCUGCUUGUCCAGGGAAAUCAAAGUGGAUCCUCUGAGAACAAAUGGGAUUGGCCCUCCUGGUGUAAGGCUGGACCUCAGUGACACUUUGCUCCACAUCCUUAUUUCUCCUCCCGGAGGACCUGAGGAUCAAGUCAUGAGGGACAAUUACGACUUGUCCUACAGGAUCCUGUACUGGAAGAAUUCCUCAGAUAAGGAGGAGGAGGUGAAGCAGAAGGAGGUGAAGCAGACCAUCGCCACCGUCGCUGACGUGUCCCCCUCCACCCUGUACUGUGUCAAAGUGCAGGCCUUCUCCGAGGCCUACAACAAGAGCGGUGCCUACAGCCAGCAGGAGUGCAUCCACACCCCUGCAGGUACGCCUUUACCUCUGAUCAUUUUUGGGAUUUUCAUGGGUGCCCUGCUGGUUGUCCUGCUGGUGGCCACCCCUUUUGUUUUUGUGCUCUACCAAGCCUACACCAAAAUCAAAUACGUGUUCUUCCCCUCCUGCCAGCCCCCCCUGAACAUCGAGGGGUUUGGAGCAGAGCCCUUCAGCAGCCCUUACCUGUCAGCUGCAGAGGAGCCUGUGGAAAAUUGCUGUGUGAUUGAAUCCAUGAUCACAGAGGAGGGAAAUCAAAUUGACUUUACAGACUACAAACAUUCCAAACACAGCAGUCGAGACUCGGGGAAUUAUUCCAACGACAACAACUCUUCUGAGAGCAAAGGAUCCAAAGAAACACUGGAAAAGGAAAUCGUGUAACUUUGGGAAAACAAAACUCAUUUAUGGGAUUGCCAACUUCGCAAACACUUCAAACCUCUUCGUGAUGGAAGUCCCAGCCUGAGGGGGACACCGUGACCUUUGGGAUCCUGAGGGGGACACCGUGACCUUUGGGAUCCUGAGGGGGACACCGUGAUGACCUUUGGGAUCCUGAGUGGGACACCGUGACCUUUGGGAUCCUGAGGGGGACACCGUGACCUUUGGGAUCCUGAGGGGACACCAUGACCUUUGGGAUCCUGAGGGGGACACCGUGACCUUUGGGAUCCUGAGGGGGACACCGUGACCUUUGGGAUCCUGAGGGGGACACCGUGACCUUUGCGAUCCUGAGGGGGACACCGUGACCUUUGGGAUCCUGAGGGGGACACCGUGACCUUUGCGAUCCUGAGUGGGACACCGAGACCUUUGGGAUCCUGAGUGGGACACUGUGACCUUUGGGAUCCUGAGGGGGACACCGUGACCUUUGGGAUCCUGAGUGGGACACCGUGACCUUUGGGAUCCUGAGGGGGACACUGUGACCUUUGGGAUCCUGAGUGGGACACCGUGAUGACCUUUGGGAUCCUGAGUGGGACACCGUGACCUUUGGGAUCCUGAGUGGACACCGUGACCUUUGGGAUCCUGAGUGGGACACCGUGACCUUUGGGAUCCUGAGGGGGACACUGUGACCUUUGGGAUCCUGAGUGGGACACCGUGACCUUUGGGAUCCUGAGUGGGACACCGUGACCUUUGGGAUCCUGAGGGGGACACUGUGAUGACCUUUGGGAUCCUGAGUGGGACACCGUGACCUUUGGGAUCCUGAGGGGGACACUGUGACCUUUGGGAUCCUGAGUGGGACACCGUGACCUUUGGGAUCCUGAGUGGACACCGUGACCUUUGGGAUCCUGAGGGGGACACCGUGACCUUUGGGAUCCUGAGGGGGACACUGUGACCUUUGGGAUGGCUGGGGGGAGCUCCUCAUCCCUGGCUGGGAAUGUCCCCGGUGUCCCCACCCCACCCAGGGCUGCCCCUGUGCACCAGGAGCAGCUUUGGACGUUUCUCUACUUGAAGCUGAUGAGCUGAGCAAAUCCUCCCUGCUCCAGCAGAGCGGCUCCUCUGUGUGGAGCUCCCCCCGCAGUGUUUACAGAGCCAGAGGAAUUCCGUGCUGGACACAAUCCUGUGGAAUUUUCACUUUCUCUGCCAGCCCCUGCGCUGGGCCGCAGAGGAAGGUGCCAAGGGAGCCUGAGGAGCAGCAGUGAGGAGGCUGGGAUUGCUCACGGAUUCCUGAUGGGAUUAAUGAUGGGAUUAAUGAUGGGAUUAAUGAUGGGAUUAAUGAUGGGAUUCCUCACAGGAUUCCUCACGGGAUUCCUGAUGGGAUUAAUGAUGGGAUUCCUGAUGGGAUUCCUCACAGGAUUCCUGAUGGGAUUCCUCACGGGAUUCCUGAUGGGAUUCCUCACGGGAUUCCUGAUGGGAUUCCUGAUGGGAUUCCUCACGGGAUUCCUGAUGGGAUUCCUGAUGGGAUUCCUGAUGGGAUUCCUCACAGGAUUCCUGAUGGGAUUCUUCACAGGAUUCCUGAUGGGAUUCCUCACGGGAUUCCUCACGGGAUUCCUGAUGGGAUUCCUCACGAGAUUCCUGAUGGGAUUCCUCGUGGGAUUCCUCAGGGGAUUCCUCACGGGAUUCCUCAGGGGAUUCCUCACGAGAUUCCUGAUGGGAUUCCUCACGGGAUUCCUCAGGGGAUUCCUCAGGGAUGGCUGGAGCUGCUCCCAGUGCUUGUUCCACGUCCCACUCUGUGCCAAGGCCAGGUUGGACAGGGCUGGGAGCAGCCUGGGACCGUGGAAGGUGUCCCUGCCAUGGCAGGGGUGGAUUGGGAUGAGCUUUGGGGUCUCUCCAAACUCAUUCUGGAAUUAGCAGUGGGGAUUAGGAAAUGCCUUUAGCAGAGGGCUGAGCUCGGCACUCAGAGCUUUCCCAGCUUAAUGGUGUUUUGCCGGCAGAGUUUUCUUUGGAGGAAUGAUCAGGAUGUGCUGCAGUGACAUUUCAGUUGCCCUAUUCCGUGUUUUCCAUGCUGACUCCACUGUCUUCCACAGUAUUUUUUUUUUUUUUUUCAGUACCUUAUUUUUUAUGAAGAAACUGCUCUGGAGUCAGCUGGGUUUGAGCAUCCCACGGGCUGCUGGUUUUUGUUUUAACUAGGAACUCUUGGUGUUUAUGUAUCCUUUUUAUUGCUUUUUUAAUUUUGAAGAUACUACCUAAUUUUAUACGUUUCCUAUCCCUGUGUUCAUUGAAGAACAUAAUAAACUUUGCACUUUCGCUUUUA